CCGUCUUCGUCAAUCUCAUUCACGUUCACUUCACGCUUCUCCACAGCUACUCUCUCAUUCUCCGUCGCUUUUUUCUCUCUCAACGCAGCCAGAGUCCACGAAAUCAAGUAAUUAAUCUUUUGAAUUCUGAAAAAAGGAGGUGGAAAAAAGUACGUACGGUUUUAUUGGCAAUGUCGCCGCCAAUGCUUCGUAUGCUCUGUUUCACGUUUUUCCUUGCGAUUUUGUCUAUACAACAAUGUAUUUGUGCAUAUUCGCCGGAAAAUUCUCCAAGUCCGGCGCCGGUAUCAGGUGGAGAUCUAGGUUCUCUACCGCCGAUCGCUGCAGCUCCUAAAACUCCGUCACCGUCACCUUUGGCCAAUGUGAGUUCUCCUCUGGCGUCUCCGCCGACAGAUCACUCUACUAAUUCUGCUCCGGCGCCGUCACCUGUAAGCGGAGAUAAUACUACUCCGACUCCUGCCUCGGCUCCCGUAGCAGAGCCUCCAUCUCCUUCUCCUUCUCCAGCUCCGAGUGAUGUAGCGGCGAGUGAUAUAAGCCACGAGAGUAAUACGGCGGAGGUGGAUGAAUCGUCAUCGUCGGAUGGUGGAAUGAACGGAGGAAAGAAGGCAGGAGUAGCAUUUGGAGUAGUCGCGGCAGCGUGUGUUGUAGGUCUCGGAGCAUUGGUGUACAAGAAGCGCCGGCAGAAUAUCCGACGAGCACAGUUCGGGUACGCUGCCCGGAGAGAUUUUCUUUGAGUUGCAUGCUUCAUAUAUAUGCAAAUCUUUCCACAUAUAUCUCACAUUAUAUACAAAUCUAUGUAGCAUUCGAGAAUUUCAUUACUUAUAUUUGUUUGAUUCUUUGAUCAUUGAAUAAAAAUUGAGUACGUAAUCCUAUUAUUUUGUAGUUUGCUACAUCUGUUUAAACUU